AUGAGUGUAGAGCAAAAAAAUGCCACCAUAAGGCGGCGAAUGGCACCACAGGAGAAAGAAGAGGAAAAUCUCAAGAAAAGCGGGAGUUCGCAACAGCCACGCGUCCCCGAUGCCACAAAACCGCCAGAUAUCAUCCGGAAAAAUAUCGAGCUGUACCAGGGCCAGCUUGCUUUCACCACCGGAUAUUUCAGUAUUCUCGCCAUUGCAAGUCAGAUUGAAAGCUUGAGGCCGUUUGCAGCGCCCUUUUAUAGCAUUCAGCACCGGAUUGGAGAUGGCUCCACCGCUCGAGAAGGCUCGCUGGACGUGUCCUUUGUUUUAUCAGCGCUCGCAGGCCAAAUUGGAAUGCGGGCCAUAUUUUUAUAUCUUUUCACCAAAAUUGCACCCAGGUGCGGCAUCCACAAACCCAAAGCUAUUAUUCGGUUUGCCGAGCAGUCGUGGUGUCUCGUCUAUUAUUUCGCAUCGUUUGCGGUUGGAAUGUCUCUCUUCCACAACUCAAGCUUUGGAUACAACCUGGAGCUCAUGUGGAAAGACUACCCUCACAUCGAGCUUGAUGUCAACGUCAAGCGCUUUUACCUGGUGGUCCUGGCGUACUGGAUAAGCCAGCUGUACGUUCUCCAUGUUGAAGAGCGCCGCAAAGACCACUACCAAAUGUUAACGCACCAUAUUAUUACCUGUGCGCUUAUUAUUGGAAGCUAUAUGAGUUAUUACACCCGUAUCGGUGUCGUUGUCAUGAUAAUCAUGGAUUUUGUAGAUUUCACUCUGUCCCUGGCCAAGGUGUUCAGAUACCUUGGGUUCGAAACACUAUGCAACCUCACGUUCCUAGCAUUUUUGGUAAGUUGGGUCGUCUGCAGACACGGAAUAUACCUGUAUCAGCUAUGGUACGCAUUCUAUGUCGCUACCGACCUCAUCAAGAACAACUGCAAGAGCGACUCAUUCGGACGCAAGUUCUGCUUCGACCAAAGUUCACAUAACCUCUUUGGCGUGCUUAUGAUCAUGCUCCAACUAAUUUCCGUCAUGUGGCUUGUCAUGAUCAUCAGAGUGCUCGUCAACAUGCUCCGCGGAGGCUCUGCUGAAGACUCCCGUAGCGACGACGAAGAUUGA